AUGGUGCUGGUUAUGGAGGCGGCGGUGGUGCUGAUGGUGCGGGUGCUGGGGAUGGUGGUGGUCCGUCUCGGAAGCAGCAGGCUGGGACGGCGCAAGAAGAAGGGGGCGGGGCGGAAAACGGUAAAAGCGCGCGCACGAGUGCUUCUGCGGUACUGUGACUACAAAUUCAAUCCCAACAUGGUUUCGACUGUUGGGGUAGAUAACCAGUUCAAAGAUCCGGGGAUCAGGGGCAAGGCGUAUCGGCUGAACAUUUUUGACACGGCCGGCCAAGAGAAAGUCUACGCCCUCUCAAAAAGCUUCUACCGUGGUUGUCACGGCGUCCUCCUGGCCUAA